AGACACAGCCAUAUCCCAGAGUGGAAGUGACACACAGAGAAAUAGAGAGUGAUGAGAGAGAGAUGGCCAAUUGAUUGAGUGAAGAAGAAUCAAAGAAUGACCGACCAUCUUCACUUUUCGCUCAAAUCAACAUCUCUGAUUUUCAAGAUCUCCACAUAAAGAUCUCACUGUAAUCGCUGUAUAUUUGACUCUGUAUUGGCUCUGUUUUCUUUCAAAACAUGGAGGCAAAUGCUGGACUGGUGGCUGGAUCGCACAAGAGGAACGAGUUGGUUCGAAUUCGCCACGACUCGGACAGCGGGCCCAAGCCCUUGAAGAAUUUGAAUGGCCAGAUAUGCCAGAUUUGUGGGGAUACUGUUGGACUUGCAGCCACUGGUGAUGUCUUUGUUGCUUGCAAUGAGUGUGCCUUCCCGGUUUGCCGGCCUUGCUAUGAGUAUGAACGGAGAGAUGGAAAUCAGUCCUGUCCCCAGUGCAAGACUAGAUAUAAAAGACACAAAGGGAGUCCUCGAGUUGACGGUGACGAUGAAGAGGAUGAUGUUGAUGACCUGGAGAAUGAGUUUAAUUAUACCCAAGGAAACAAUAAGGCAAGACGGCAGUGGCAGGGAGAAGAUGCUGACCUCUCUUCGUCGUCUAGACAUGAAUCUCAACAACCAAUUCCCCUUCUCACCAAUGGGCAGCCAGCAUCUGGUGAAAUUCCAAUUUUUACACCCGAUAAUCAAUCAGUACGAACUACAUCAGGUCCUUUGGGCCCUGGUGACAAGCAUUCACUUCCAUAUAUUGAUCCAAGGCAGCCAGUUCCUGUAAGAAUUGUAGACCCCUCAAAGGACUUGAAUUCUUAUGGGCUUGGAAAUGUUGACUGGAAGGAAAGGGUUGAAGGCUGGAAACUCAAACAAGAGAAAAAUAUAGUACAAAUGACCAACAAAUACACUGAAGGGAAGGGAGACAUUGAGGGUACGGGGUCAAAUGGAGAAGAACUACAAAUGGCUGAUGAUGCUCGCCAACCUAUGAGCCGUGUGGUGCCUAUUCAUUCUUCUCACCUUACCCCUUACCGUGUUGUAAUCAUACUUCGGCUGAUUAUCUUGGGCUUCUUCUUGCAAUAUCGUUGUACUCAUCCAGUAAAGGAUGCUUAUCCUUUGUGGCUGACAUCAGUUAUCUGCGAGGUCUGGUUUGCGUUGUCAUGGCUUCUGGAUCAGUUUCCAAAGUGGUUUCCCAUCAACCGUGAGACCUACUUAGACAGGCUUGCAAUGAGAUAUGAUAGGGAAGGGGAACCUUCACAGUUAGCGCCUGUAGAUGUAUUCGUCAGUACAGUGGAUCCUCUGAAAGAGCCUCCUCUCGUUACUGCCAACACUGUGUUGUCUAUCCUCUCUGUGGAUUACCCUGUCGACAAAGUCUCUUGUUAUGUUUCAGAUGAUGGGUCAGCAAUGUUAACCUUUGAAGCCCUCUCUGAGACGUCAGAGUUUGCAAGAAAAUGGGUGCCCUUCUGCAAGAAGCACAGCAUCGAGCCUAGGGCCCCUGAAUUUUAUUUUGCUCAAAAGAUUGAUUACUUGAAGGACAAGAUACAGCCUUCUUUUGUGAAAGAGCGCAGGGCAAUGAAGAGAGAGUAUGAAGAAUUCAAGGUACGAAUUAAUGCUCUUGUUGCAAAAGCACAAAAAACGCCCGAAGAAGGUUGGACAAUGCAAGAUGGAACUCCUUGGCCUGGAAAUAAUCCUAGGGAUCAUCCGGGAAUGAUCCAGGUCUUCUUAGGGCACAGUGGUGGCCUUGAUACAGAUGGGAAUGAGCUACCUCGGCUGGUUUACGUUUCUCGUGAGAAGCGUCCAGGUUUCCAGCAUCACAAGAAAGCCGGGGCAAUGAAUGCAUUGAUUCGCGUUUCAGCUGUCCUGACCAAUGGUGCAUAUCUUUUGAAUGUCGAUUGUGAUCACUACUUCAAUAACAGCAAAGCUCUUAAAGAAGCCAUGUGUUUCAUGAUGGAUCCUGCUCUUGGAAGGAAAACCUGUUAUGUACAGUUCCCACAGCGUUUUGAUGGCAUUGACAUGCAUGAUCGAUACGCCAAUCGCAAUAUUGUCUUUUUUGAUAUCAACUUGAAAGGAUUGGAUGGCAUUCAGGGUCCAGUCUAUGUGGGAACUGGAUGUUGUUUCAACAGGCAAGCUCUGUACGGGUAUGAUCCAGUUUUAACUGAGGCAGAUUUGGAGCCAAACAUUAUUGUUAAGAGUUGUUGUGGCUCAAGGAAGAAAGGAAGGAGUGGUGACAAGAAGUAUAUUGAUAAGAAGAGAGCGGCUAAAAGAACUGAAUCCACCAUUCCCAUUUUCAAUAUGGAGGAUAUGGAAGAGGGUGUUGAAGGAUAUGAUGAUGAGAAAUCACUUCUUAUGUCCCAGAAGAGCUUAGAGAAGCGAUUUGGUCAGUCUCCAGUUUUUAUUGCUGCCACCUUUAUGGAGCAGGGUGGCAUUCCACAAUCAACCAAUCCUGCGACUCUUCUAAAAGAAGCUAUUCAUGUUAUUAGCUGUGGAUACGAGGACAAGACUGAGUGGGGCAAAGAGAUUGGAUGGAUCUAUGGCUCUGUGACUGAAGAUAUUUUAACUGGGUUUAAGAUGCAUGCACGAGGAUGGAUUUCAAUCUAUUGCAUGCCUCCUCGCCCUGCAUUUAAGGGGUCUGCUCCCAUCAAUCUUUCUGAUCGUCUGAAUCAGGUUCUUCGGUGGGCCUUGGGGUCAAUUGAGAUUCUACUGAGCAGACAUUGCCCAAUAUGGUAUGGGUACAAUGGAAGACUGAAGCUCUUGGAGAGACUGGCAUACAUUAAUACCAUAGUCUAUCCUCUCACCUCUAUCCCACUACUUGCUUAUUGUACACUUCCCUCUAUCUGUCUUCUUACAGAGAAAUUCAUCAUUCCCGAGAUAAGCAAUUUUGCUAGCAUGUGGUUCAUUCUGCUCUUCGUGUCUAUUUUUGCAACCGGAAUACUGGAGCUCAGGUGGAGUGGUGUGAGUAUUGAGGACUGGUGGAGAAAUGAACAGUUUUGGGUCAUUGGUGGUACAUCGGCUCAUCUCUUUGCUGUCUUCCAAGGUCUCUUGAAAGUGCUUGCUGGGAUUGAUACCAACUUCACUGUCACUUCAAAGGCAUCUGAUGAAGACGGGGAUUUUGCGGAGCUUUAUGUGUUCAAAUGGACAUCUCUGCUCAUUCCUCCGACCACAGUACUUGUUGUAAACAUGGUCGGUAUUGUUGCCGGAGUUUCAUAUGCCAUAAACAGUGGGUAUCAGUCAUGGGGUCCUCUAUUCGGCAAGCUGUUCUUUGCCUUUUGGGUCAUUGUCCAUCUUUAUCCCUUCCUCAAAGGUUUGUUGGGUCGGCAAAAUCGUACUCCCACCAUUGUCAUUGUCUGGUCCAUCCUCCUUGCUUCCAUUUUCUCCCUUCUAUGGGUACGGAUUGAUCCGUUUACUUCAGACACCACAAAAACUGCUUCAAGAGGUCAAUGUGGCAUCAAUUGCUAGGUUUCAAGCUCACCAUUGUGUAGAUAAAAAGUUUUUUAAGGCAUUGAAAGCACAUGUAGGAGGCCCUAAGUUAUGUUGUACUAUUGUUCUUUGUCUGAGUGAUGGAUGAAGGCAUCAGAGAGACCCUUGUUUAUUUUGGGCCCGUUUGUUCUUUAUGUAAUCUUCACCUUGAUAAUCUUGUGUGGAUAAGAGUCGGUCAUUACGAGAAUAGGUCUCUCAAACUUUAGUUUUGAUUUUGUUGUCAUUGUGUAGUAUUUAAUUGAUUUAUUGUCAAGAACAUACAACGAACAAUUUAUGGGAUUAGUUCCUUUGAAAGAGAAAUUUGUGACUGUAUUAUUCUAUUUUAA